AUGCGGGACCCUCAUACACUACUCACCGCUUCUGCAAAUGUGCUCUACAGUCGCCACUUAGGUCAAUCUGCUUGCACUGGGUGUAUGCGUGUGUGUGCGAGGGCGGCCUGGUCUUUGGGCGGUGCUAGUGGCCUCUAA